AUGAAGCUUUCACUCGCCUUCGCAGCUGUUGCCUCAGGUUCUGGCCUCUACGGUGGCUUCCGAAACCGUCGAUUUGCCACUGGCCUCAUCAACCCUGGCCUCGUCAAAUACAAGCGCAACUACGUCGAGACAUUCCUCGACAACGGCUUGGACGUAAACCUCGACGAUUUCUUGGACUACAUGAGCGCCUGCGAAAAGAAGGUUCUCGCCACCGUCGCAGCUUCACUCUGA